AUGGUUAAGCUGCUUUUUUUGACAGGGCUGACGAUCACCGAAUACAGUUAUCUUGAGCAGCUCGUGGCUGAGAAUCGGCGUUUGAAAGAGCAAUCGGUCACCUCGGCCGAUGCCACCGAAACCCGAGAUCCUCCACAAGCGGAACACACGGCGUCCCGUCCAGUGGAGGCUCCGGACGCCACAAGUAUCCAGAACCCACUCAUAGGCGAUCGUGCCUGGUUUCAUCGGUACGACCCGUCUUCCCCGCCUAUCUACAUCGGCGAAGCAGCAUGUUCGGCAUUCGCAACGCGAUUUCGCCGAUUCUUAACAGGGAACAAUGCGUUGGCACAUAUUGCCCGAACACAAUGGACGCGUGAACAGACGAUCGCUGCUGCUGCGAAUGAGGCAGAUGUCCAAUGGCCCAGUCUGCAUCAUGCUCGACUACUCGUCAGGAUUGCGAUCCAUCAGAUUGGAUACCUGUAUCAUCUCAUGAUGCGGAAAGCCACCUUGGAUAAGUUGGAAGAGAUCUACCUCACAGGUGACUUUGACUGCUUGACGAAUAAGUGCAAGUUCUUUGCUCUAUUUGCUUUUGGGCAGGCUUAUUCCAUUCGUUCGGAGUCUACCUCUGGAUCCCGAGUGCCUGGAACGGCUUACUUUGCAAAGGCUAUGAACUUGGUUCAGAUUCUUCCGGAGAGAACGAGUGUUACUCAUCUGGAGACUCUGUUAUUGCUGUCUCUGUUUUCUUACUACCUCAACCGACGUCACUCUGCGUACGGAUUAAUUGGAACAGUCAUGCGACUGAGCUUAACGAUAGGUCUUAAUCAUAAUAUCCCUGAGUCUCAACUCAUUGAUCCCGUUGAACGACAGCAUCGCAUCGAAAUCUGGUGGACAAUAUACAUUUUCGACCGUAUGUGGGGCUCCAAAAUGGGCUUACCCAUGCAAAUCCUCGAUGAAGACAUUCACGUCGACAUGCCAAGCACUAUUUCUCCGCAAUGGAAACAUGAAGAAGAGUUGUCAGAUCCGGAAUAUAUGACAGCCAACAUCAAACUAGCUCGGAUAGUUGGUGAAACAAUCACGAAACUCUACAGCCGUCGGAAAUACCAAGAAACAUUCCUACAACGCGUGCAGAAACUCCUCAAGGCCCUCAAAAACUGGGUGGAAACACUACCGGAGAGUCUACGAUUGAAUAUGGAAGAUCUGGAAUCUAGCAAGAAACCUCUUGUCUCGUUGCACAUGGCAUUCAACCAGUGUAUCAUCUUGACUACACGACCGACUCUCCUUCAUCUCCUCAUUACUCUUCGCAAAGCAGAAUCCACAGACGCAGGUCCAGAAGUAGUGUCACAGCCUGUAUUAACUCUCAGUGAGGCAUGUAUCCACGCAGCCCGACAUUCCCACUCGAUGAUCCUUACGCGUUGGAUUAAUGGUACAAUGCCUACAUUCGGCUACUUUCACGCCCACUACCUUUUCUCUUCAGCAUUGAUUCUCGCCAUGUCAAGCUUCGUUCCAAUCGGAAACCCAACUGAUAUGAGUGGGUUUGAUUCGGCACUAGAUCUACUGCGCUCGAUGACUGAGAAUGGAAACCUGGCAGCUGCCGAGUUCUAUCAUAAUCUUGAGCAGGUGAAGCUAUGCCUUGAUAACUAUCCAUCAAACACCUCGAAUCAAUCGCGACAUAGUGAAACGGUGCUAGAAGCCCAUCGACAACCUACACCAGGCCUUAUCCAAACAAACAUUAAUACUACCGUCCCUGGCCUUGGUCCUGCUCUGAAUACAAAUUCUGUACCAUCGUCAAUCCCGAUGGGGACUUCAUCGACGGUAUUUCCGAAUAUUCUCGCAGCACCCCAUAUGCUACCGAAUGAAAAUGAUAUGUUGGCUGGACAGCUACAUGGCAGUGCCGAGGUGAAUGCCUUGCCAACAAGAGACACAACUAGUGGGUACACCACUGAGAUGGCGUUCUUGGAGCCGACCAUGCAGGAUUUCCUGGCUCAGUCUGAUAUUGAUCUUGGUUUGCUACAUCCUGUUGAUACCUUUUUGAGUGAAGCUGAGAACUUGUACACAUGUCAUGAGCUAUAG